AUGUCAAGAUCGGUAACCACCAGUACCAUCAAUCCUGCUACUAGCCCGUUUUCUCGAUCGAUUACAAACCGACAGGACACAAUGAGCAUUUCUGCAGGGAUCACUAGGACCUCUGAAAAUACGCCCUCUGAAGAACUCGACAAGGAAUACCACCACGGCAAGGCAUGCUUCUACCAGACAAAGCGCGAUGCUGAGCACGCCUGUGCCUUGAACGACAAGUUGCUCCUUGAUGAGUACUGGCAACCGGUCCAUUCUGUGGUACUAUGCCUUCUCCUAUGGACCUGGGCGGGGUUUGUGGUGCGAUAUAGGGUGUCGGAUGUGUACAAAAUGUCAAUCAAGUGGCUGCAGUAUUGA